UCUGGUGACAAUGUGAUUGACAGAGAAAGACAGAUGAUGAUGACUCUGUUGCAGGGUGGUUUUGAUAUAUCAGUCUUUGUCUUUCUCAUCUUCGUCACUUUUGGAUGUAUUUGCUGUAUUAUUUCCUUCCACUCACGAUCUUCACAGUUGUCUCUCACAACUCUAACAGACAUGGUUACGAUCUUUGGACGCAAGGAUCAAAGACAUCUCUCCAACCUGGAGUUGUUGGAGCAGAAGGUUGACUACCUUCUGCCACAAGCAGACCUGUGGCCCAACUUUGCUCUGGAGUCUCAAGGAGCAAAUAUUUUACACAAGAUGACCUCAGAGGCUUAUGACAUCAAUAAAGAAGUUGGAAGGUUUGGGAAAUUGUUCAAGAGACCUCCUAUUGGCCCAGGCAUUGUUAUUAAGGGAAAAAAUCGUCUGCAACCUGGAAAAUGCUGGGCCUUUCCAGGUUUCCAGGGACGUUUGGGCGUCUCACUUUCACACCCAGCCACCAUCAGACAUGUGUCCCUGGGGUCACAUUGCUAA